UUAUUCUAGUGCUUCAUCCCAUCCACUCAGAGAGAACCCCUCAAGCUGGCUAAUCCGACUGCUUAACUCAACUGCAAGUCUGACACUUUAUUUACUUUGCUUGGGCGCAGGCCCUUCUGCUUUCUUUCCAGUCACUUUGGGAACGUAAACACCUGCUGCUGGUCUGUGCUGUGACAGCUCUCAGCAUCCUGCCAGGGCCUGGCUUCCCGAGGCAGCCUGUUGCUUAGUACGGAGGAGACAGCAGCCGCUUGUCCUGUCUUCAGAAAAUACUUCACAAAUGCAAGAGUUGCAUCUGCAUCUCGGGGAGAAGGAGCAGCUGACAUCCCAGGGAUGGGAAGCAGCUGGGGCUGUAACACAUCUUAGAGAGCUGCCCCUGAUGAAGACAAUAAGGUAUCAGACUCAUAAGGAAAAGAUGUUAAUGUGAUACAGUUUAUUCUCCCUGGGAAGGGCUUCAACCUCCAGGGAGAAGGAGACAGACCAACGCACAGAGAGAGAGAGAAUGGCUGUUGAGAGAAAUGAGACAGAGGAACAAGGGAGAGGAAGAGAGAUUCAGAGCUGCUCUUGCAGGAGCUUGGUGUCUGGACUCACUUGUAUUAAGGUUGCAGAGCAUUCUGAAUAAAGAGCAAGUCUUCCUUGGUACCCCCCGCUGCCUCUCAAAAACUGACCUGGCUCUGCGUGAGCUGCUCUGGCAGAUGUGGAACUGCAGGAUUAAUGGAGAUGUGAUGAAAGCUUAGCCAGCCCCCUGGCAGGCAGGACAGAUGCUGCCUCAUCCCUGACGAUCCACAAUGGAAGUGCCCAGUACCAAAGACUUCCAGUGGAAAACCCUCGCCCCACUCCCCAGCGGCAGGGUCUAUUGCUCACUGGUGGAGGCAGGCGGCCAGGUCUUUGCCAUCGGAGGCUGCGACGACAACGGAGUCCCCAUGAACUGCUUCGAGGUUUACUCCCCCGAAGCCAACCAGUGGAACUCUCUCCCUCCCAUGCCCACGGCCCGGGCCGGAGUAGCCGUGGCCACCCUAGGCAAGCGGAUCAUGGUGAUAGGAGGCGUCGGGAUGAAGCAGACGCCCUUGAAGAUAGUGGAGAUGUACAACAUAGAUGAGGGCAAGUGGAAGAAGAGGAACUCCCUGAGGGAAGCCUCCAUGGGCAUCUCUGUGACUGUGAAAGACUACAGAGUCUAUGCGGCUGGUGGGAUGGGACUGGACCUGCGGCCUCACAACUACAUGCAGCACUACGACAUGCUCAAGGACAUCUGGGUGUCACUCGCGACCAUGCCCACGCCCAGGUAUGCCGCCACCUCCUUCCUGCGGGGCACCAAGAUCUACGUGCUCGGUGGGAGGCAGUCCAAAUACGCCAUCAAUGCCUUCGAGGUCUUCGACACAGAGACCAGGUCGUGGACCAAGUUCCCCAGCAUCCCCAGCAAAAGGGCCUUCUCCAGCUUUGUGCCCAUGGAGAACAACCUCUUCAGUCUCGGGGGGCUGCGGCAGGGCAGGCUGUACCGGCAGCCCAAGUUCAUGAAGACUGUGGAUGUGUUUGACAUUGAGCAAGGUGGCUGGAUGAAGAUGGAACGUUCCUCCUUCCUAAAGAAAAGGCGAGCGGACUUUGUCGCUGGCUACUUGAAAGGAAGGGUCAUCGUGGCCGGGGGGCUAGGGAACCAGCCAACAGUCCUGGAGUCAGCUGAAGCCUUCCACCCAGGGAAGAACAAAUGGGAGAGCCUGCCACCCAUGCCGACCCCCCGCUGCACCUGCUCCAGCAUCGUGGUGAAGAACUGCCUGCUGGCCAUUGGCGGAGUGAACCAGGGCUUGAGUGACGCAGUGGAGGCACUGUGCGUCUCUGACUCCUAGCCAGCCCCUUCCCAAUCCACACCCACUGGAGGGUCCUGCUCUGAGGUCCUGGGAAAGCAGCAGUGGCGGUGAUGCUGUCUGGAUCAGCCUCGCGUAGUUUGCAUCCUGCUCUCUCCUGCUGCACCUCUGUAGCUGACUUCACAGGACAUCCCAGCAGCCGCCCAACCCUCGUGCGCACAUACCUCUGAAGCUGUUGGCCAGCAGGGGCUCCUGAUCGUCUGUUAGCCAGCCUCGGUACCCAAGGGCAUCCCCCUUCAUCUCCACCCUCAUCCAAGACCCCACAGCCCUUGGUCCUAUGCCAGCCCCGAAUUGCUGAAGAACACACCAGCCUUGUACCGCAGUGCGGGAGAUGACCAGUCUAGGAGGAGCACUUUGGUGGGG